UAUAAAUAUAUGGACUCAUUAAAAGUUCUCCCUGGUAAACUUGUUGAUCUGGGUAAGGCUAUAUGUCCUGAGUUAGGUUCUAAAGGUUCUGUAGAUCAUGAGAGUGUGAAAGAGGAAAAUCUGAAAUAUCGUAAAGCUGAGUUGCUAGCUUAUAUGAACCAGGACAUACGUCUAUUGGGUGGUAUCAUGUGUAAGUCUCAAGCUAACUACUGGCGUCAGUAUAAUAUUGAUAUAACGGAAGUUUUGACGAUCUCAUCUCUUGCUCUUCUAAUCUUUCGUAUGAAAUACUACAACAUGGAAGUGUUUCCUAUCUAUAUCCCUAAUCGUAACGAGGAUGAUUUCAUUCGUCGUGGGUACUAUGGCGGACAUUCUGAUGUCUACAUUCCACGUGGUCAGGAUCUCAAGUAUUAUGAUGUGAACUCUUUGUAUCCUUUUGUAAUGAUGUCAUAUCCUAUGCCUGGAGGAGAGCCUGUUUGGUAUAGUGAUUUUGAAGGUCAAGACUUAAAUGACUUGUUUGGUUUUAUUGAAGCUUAUGUUGAAUGUCCAUCUACUAUUGAUAGACCUUUCUUACCUUAUAAAGAGAAUGACGUCUUACGUUUUCCAACUGGUAAAUGGGUGGGUAUAUAUUUUAGCGAAGAGUUAAAGUUAGCCAAAUCUGUGGGUUACAAUAUUAUACCUUUAAGAGGUUAUCUCUAUGAUAAGAAUCAGAAGAUGGAGUCUCCUUUCAAGGAGUUUGUCAAAUCCCUAUUCGAGAGAAGAAGAGAAGCUAAGAAAAGGGGUGAUGAAGCUAUGUCUUUUGUAUAUAAAACUUUAAUGAAUUCACUCUACGGGAGAUUUGGGAUCUCUCCUAAGAGUCUUGUUACUGAAAUUUGCGAUAAAGAAGAUAAUCCUUUAGUCAAUAAAAGCGAUACAGAAUACGGAGAUAAUCUCCACAAUGAGUAUUAUCUUGUAAGAUAUUAUGUCAAUCCCGAAUCUACUGACGAGACACAAUGGAACCCACCCAGAAACUCCGCUGUUCAAUUAUCUGCAGCAAUUACAGCUUAUGCUAGAAUCUAUAUGUACUAUUGAGCUUUGCUCGUGCAGAAAUGAUCGAUGAAAUGAGCCCCGCUCCCUAACCUAACGCGGCACCGCGCGUUUCCAAUAGUCAUCCUAAAUGAGGUACCUCAUCUCAUCGACGAGGCUCAGCGUGUACUGGCAAGUUAUCAAUCCGUAAGUCCACAAGACCUUUUCUUGUGUUUAUAGAAGCAGCUGCCCCUGGAAUCCACUUUAUAUUCAGAUCACGAUCUAUAGACCUCUGAACUCAUGCGCUUGAACCGCCCUUUCGAGGACGAUUGGUGACCUGUUCGAUUACCAGCUCGGAAUCAACCCGCUAACGGAAUCCUCUGGCUGGGUUACCUAACCUCCACUUACUCCUACCCUAACCAUGCUUGCUGGUAAUUAAACCUUUAGGGCAACUAAGCUAUCGACUAGGUCUGGAUAUUCCCCGUUUUGGAGAUGUCAAAUGCAGGGAAUAAUACCUACGUUUAACCGCCUGUGAACAGGAGUUGGCGCACCUG